AUGGAAAUUCUUAAGGCAGCGGAACAUAAGGAGCUUUUAGUAGAAAAGGAUCGGGAUCUAAUUUGUAAAGUGAAAGCUUGCAAAAAGGAAUUUUCUGAAAAAAUUGCAGUCUUACAGGCUGAAAAGUUAGAACUCGAGAACAAAUUAGCUGAUCUAGAGAAGAUGAAACUGGACACUUUGAGACAAUCCGAAAAGGAUCAGUAUGAAGAGAAACUACGUGUGUUACAGAUGGCUGAAGAAUCUAGCAAAAAGAAACUUCAGUGUCUGCGAUUAAAAAUUCAACAGCAAGCUAUUCAGAUAGAGGAGUUGGAAGAAAAGAAACAUGAAAGUGCUCAUCUGAAACAACAAAUUUAUGACAUGCAACUCCAGAAUACCUCACUUUCUCAAUCAGAAAAGAAUUUGCUGGAGUCUAAUCAGAAGCUGCAGGAAACAAUAGAGAUAUUGAAACAAGAAUGUCAACAUGCAAGGAAUCAGGCCAAAAAAGCUCAACUAGAAGCAGAGUAA